GCGCAGUUCGUGUGAGUGUUGGUUCGGCCAGAGGCAGUCUGACAUUAUCCACAGCCUCCCAUGGGAAUGGCGGCAGCUAGCGGUAACAGGGGGGCAGGUGGAUCCAUAAGAACUAUGCAAGAAGGAUUUCAUAUCCCUGAUACGUUACCAGAUUGUGCUUAUGAUGAUAAAACUGAACUCAAGGAUUCAAAUUACUCACCGCUAAUCAAACCAGUGAAAAAACAAAGCACAUCUGUAACUAGGAUGGGAAAGGAAUCUGCCUUGCCUGAAGAAGGAAACCUUGCCGAAUCGGCUACAGAGACUGAAUACAUAUGUUUUCAAAUUAAGGAAGAAUCGGCCUCGGACGAUGGCGAUCUUACAGACACUGAAAUUUAUUCACCCACAGAGCAUACAUUUGCCCAUGUUAAGGAAGAAUCCACCUUGUGUGAAGAUGAUCUCACAGAUGAUUUUUAUACUCCCUCAGAACAUAUACAGACAUCAUAUACACCUACUUAUAUUAAAGAGGAAUCAGCCUCCGAUGAAGACCGAAAUCUGACAGACACUUGUGACCCCAUAUUAAAUACGCAGCCAGAAUAUCAUAUUAAAGAGGGAUCUUCUUCUUGUGAGGAAGGGAAUCUCACAUACACUGACAUUUACACUCCAAAAGAACAUACAUCUACUCAUACAGACAACAAAGAAAAAGAGGAAAAAACUUCAUUUCAGAAAAACAUCUCUUCCAAAAGGCAACUUACUAAACCAUUUUCAUGUUCAGACUGUGAGAAAAGUUUUCACUGUAGGUCAAGUUUGGUAAAACAUCAAAGAAUUCAUACAGGAGAGAAAGUGCAUUCAUGUUCUGACUGUGGGAAAUUGUUUACAAGUUCCUCACAUCUAAUUCAGCAUCAGAGAAUUCACACCGGAGAGAAACCAUUCUCAUGUUUUGAGUGUGAUAAAUGGUUUAAUAAUAAAUCAAGUCUUGAAAGACAUCAGAGGACACACACUGGACAGAAGCCAUUCUCAUGCUCUGAUUGUGGAAAAUGUUUUAAUAGUAAAUCAAAUCUUGAUAGACAUCAGGCUACCCACUCGGGACAGAAACCAUUUUCAUGUUCUGAGUGUGGGAAAUGUUUUACACUUAAAUCGGGCCUAUUUGAACAUCAGAUAAUUCAUACAGGAGAAAAAGUACAUUCAUGUGCUGAGUGUGGAAAAUGCUUUGCCCGUUCCUCAUAUCUUCUAAAGCAUCAGAGGAUUCACACAGGGGAAAAACCAUUUUCAUGUUCUGAAUGUGGGAAAUGUUUUACCUGUUCCUCACAUCUAGUAAUGCAUCAGAUGAUUCACAUAGAAGCAAAACCAUUUUCUUGCACUGAAUGUGGAAAAGGUUUUAGUUUCAAGUCUAGCCUUGUUGAACAUCAGAGGAUCCACACAGGUGACAAAAUACACUCCUGUGCAGAAUGUGGGAAAUGUUUUACUCGUUCUGCAUAUCUUCUUAGGCAUCAGAGCACUCACACAGGAGAGAAACCAUUUUCUUGUUCAGAAUGUGGGAAAUGCUUUACCAAUAUAUCAAAUCUUCUUACACAUCAGAGGAUUCACACAGGUGUGAGGCCAUACUCCUGUCCAGAAUGUGGAAAAUGUUUUACUUGUUCCUCCUAUCUUGUUAUGCAUCAGAAGACUCAUAGAGGAGAGAAACCGUAUGCUUGUCGUGACUGUGGGAAAUGUUUUAACCGUUCCUCGCAUCUUCUAAGGCAUCAGAUAACUCACACAGGAGAGAAACCGUUUUCUUGUGCUGAGUGCGGGAAAUGUUUUACUGAUAAAUCAGAUCUUGCUAAACAUGAGAUGAUUCACACAGGGGAAAAACCGUUCUCAUGUUCUGAUUGUGGGAAAUGUUUUACUCUUAAAUCCGGUCUUACUGAACAUCGACGAAUUCAUACAAGGCUAUUUUCCUGUGCAGAUUGUGGGAAAGGUUUUACCCGUUCCUCAUACCUUGUUAAACACCAGAAAAAGUCACACAUUAAAGAAAGUGUUGUCAUUUCCUGAAAAAGGGAAAGCUUUUAA